AUGCAUAACGGCCCAACGCGACGGACCUUCGGAGUGUGCCUCGUGGAAGAAGAUGACAUUGCUCGUGUCAUCGGACGUCUCCAACACGCCCAGAGUUUUGGGUCAAACCCACUUCUAUUGCCAAUCGUUUUGCUCUCUAUGAGCGUACAUGACAUUCGGUCAAUGCAGACAGAAGUCUUCAUGGAGUGCUUAGAGCUAGAAGAAACCAUGGGCUUUGACGAUGAAAAUCACGAGGUAGCAUUCGAUCAGAUGGCCAACUUCACACGGAUACCUCAACGCCUGAACGUACUGUCGUCUCGUCUAGCAAAUACUCAGUACUACUGCUCUUGUUGCGUGCAGGCACUCGAUUGCUUAGAGUAUCAGCUCCAAACCCUACCUGAUGGAUAUUGCACCAAAGUCUCUACCGAACUACAAGAGCAAAUGAUAUACUUCCGCGUGUGCUCAGAGAAUAUCGGCUUCAUAUCAAAACGAGGCAACACACUUGUCCAGUCUAUGACACAAACGAUCCACGCAAAUCUUCAGCAAAGAGAUAACCAACUCAACCACCGGUACGGUGCCGAUAUGCGAACCAUCACAACAAUCACUCUAAUCUUCCUGCCCGGAACUUUUGUUGCAACCUUCUUUAGUACUACAUUCUGGGACUUCUCUCCCGACAAUGACGACGCGAAGGUGACAUACUGGGUGUAUCUGUACUUCGUGGCUACGAUAAGUCUGACCCUAUUGGUUGUCGUUAUAUGGCUGAGAUUCGGUGCGCUUGAGCAACUGACAAUGAAGAUGGUACGAUCAGCGCGCAAACUUCCUUUGUUGGGAAGGCUGAUUCGAGAGAAGAAGGUGGAUGAUGAAGAGUUGGGAAAGAAAGGUGACUAA